AUGUCACUUGGUGCAAUGACCGUAAUGUCAUACGAUAUAUGGAAAGCAAAAUGUGCAGCUGAAAAGAAACGUCUUGAAGCUGAAGGGAAAGGUGUGGGAGAGUUGAAGAUUGACGAGGAUCAGCCAAAUGCUUCACCACCAGCUCGUAAACGUGCUCAUACGUUUGUCGCUAGGGUGAGUUUUUCAAAUGAUUCGUUCAACAUUAGGAAUUGGGCUUAA